AUGAAAAAAUUCACUCGCUUUUCAUUUGUCCUCGUCCCGAGUGGCACAAACCCUAACAUCUGUUCAUCAUUGGCUUUAUUAUCUUCUCCCUCAUCAAUUCAUCAAUCACGGCGGCUCACGAAGGACGAUGAAGAGAUGUCGAAGUCUGCCCUGUCAACGUUCAGGGCCAAAGAGGAAGAGAUAAAGAAGAAUAAGGUGAAAAUCAAGGAAAACUUCAGGCUCAGCUGGAUCAGAUUGACGAAGAGACAAAGCGUUUGGUUACUAUUCGAGAGAGCGAAACUUGAGGUUCUGGUUACAGUUUGCGCCUUUUCUUCUCAAACUGGUGCAUAUUUUUCGGGCUGCAAGAAGCUCAACAAGCUGGAGCUCUUGGACUGCGAGAUUUAUGCUUCUUGCUAUCUAUACCCUAUGUGCUUUGAUGCCAUCCAUCUUUUCAGAAUCAAGAGAUUAGUUUAUGGAGCUAAAGCAGAAGCUGCAAUUGCUAUCAGUUUUGAAGACUUCGUUGUUGAUGCACUUAGAAGAACCGGUUUCUAUCAAAAGGCUAAUUUAGAUCUCAAAAGAGAUGACGCUAACGAGGCUUCGAUUGCAGAGAAAGUGUUGGUUGUAAAUUAG